UAGAGAAGAAAUGGAUUGGAUUGGAUACCAGAAGACAAAAGCGAAAGCCAAGCACCAACAACCUAUGAUAGUGGCAUGGCAUCUCAUGUUUUUCUUGCAAGUCGUAAAUCCAAGAACUUUUCUUAGGCGCCCGUUCAAGACGUUCCCAUUCCUUUUUGGGCCUGCUAACUGACAGGUACUAUACUUGGGCUUUUACCAACUGGAUGUAUCAUAAUACGUGCGGCUGUCCAGGUUCCUCUUGCCGCUUCGAUAGACAAAUAGAGAUCGAUUCGCUCAGCUUUCCCAGGUUCUGAUGCCCCCUAACCCACGGACCCUAGGUACCCAGGCAUGUAUGUAUAAGCCUUCCCUUUGCCGCUGCAUUGUCGCUCCCUAGGCUCUCCAGGGGCGCUGUAUUGCAGGGGGGCAUUCCACCAAAAGCACAUAAAAGCUCUCCACUGAUGGAGGUUGUCUGUCCCUUUUUAGGUCAAGGUUUCGGAAAGCCCCACGACCCUUUUGGCGCUUCUACGAUCAUGGAUUUGCAUGGAUCCAUGUCGCCUGGCAAGAUCCUUGGAAUUGGGAUUUUCCCUUCAUCAUGACGAUUGCUCCACUACCUAUCUCUGUGAAAGCUGUCGCUCCUUACUCGCUCCUCCAAGUACCUUGCAGCUGGUGUCGACCAUUUGGCUGGCCCACUUCACAACGCAUUUCUCUACUGCAUACAACUUCUUCAUUGUCCUGUCGCUACCUUUUCUUUUGUUCUCUGGAUUACGAAGCCUAUCGUAACCCCAUUUGUUUCUUAUGUUCUGUUUGUGGACUGUGUAGACAUUCAACCGCACACCACUCCGCGAUUAGCAUUUCCUUUCAUCUUUCAUCUUUCAGGUUCUGUUCGUCAUUUGUUUCAUCGCUGGGUAUCUUGCAGCACAGCACGCAAUUAGAAGGCAUCGCCAACAAACAAAAGAGCCGCUUGGAAGCUCACUCCGAUACCGCAGUGCCUAUCUAGGUACUUUACCAUGGCGAACGUGCAUAGGCGAAACACGGCCUUCGCUGCUAGCACGCUAUACUUUCUAUCGAUACCCUUCUUGAUUCUCGUCAUAAUCGGUAAUACCCAUAUCAAUUCGACAUUGAACGACAUAUACUUCUUCAAGCUUGAUGUCUCUCAAGUUAUACCGAUCUCGGUCGAUAAUUCGCAGCUGCUUAAUUCUGUUGCCCGGAGUCUAGGUCUGCAUGACUUCUACCAGGUUGGACUAUGGAACUUUUGCGAAGGUUACAAUGACGAAGGCGUCACCCACUGCUCUAGCCCCAAACAAUGGUACUGGUUCAACCCUGUCGAGAUUCUUGUGAGCGAACUGCUCGCCGGAGCUCAGAUUGCACUCCCUGCUGAGGCCGUCACCGUCCUCAACUUGCUCAAGAUAGGCUCUAGAAUCAUGUACGGAUGUUUCAUGGCCGGCAUAUGCAUUGAUUUUGUCCUUAUUCCACUAAGCCUCCUCGUUAUUCGCACCCGUUGGUGGAGUUUGGUAAUAACGGUUCUUGCUUUCUGCACUGCGGUUCUUGUUUCCCUCGCAGCUAUCAUUGCAACUGUCAUAAGUGUUGCUGCUAAGGUCGCACUUACGGCGCAGGAUCAGCUCAAUAUCAAGGCAAACAUUGGCAUCAAGAUGUUUGUCUUCAUGUGGCUGGCUGCCAUUUUCACCGAUGUGGCAUUCCUGCUACAUGCUGCCAUGAGUUGCUGUUGCAGACCUAAUAGGGAUAAGCCGCAGAGUCCCCAACCAGAGAUGAGGGCAGCGCAUCCAAGCCUUCGUCAUCGAAGAGGGCAUAGGUCUUCAUCACAUUCGUCAUAGGAAGUUAUGCGGAUCCAACUUCAACUUCGAGGCCCUGCUGAUGAACAAGUUUGGUGUGGAAAGAACACCUUUGGCCCAGAAUUCCAAGAUGGUCCAGAAGCUAGACCACUUGAAGUUCUGGGAUCCAGACAUGAAAUCAAAAGCCUGCGCAAUAUUGCGCGCUCAUUUAAACUGUUUGGCUCAUUACAUUACACAGUACAGGGAAUAAUUGCAUAAAGCAUACUCAAUUUAGGUGUUUUUUCGCCUUGAGCACAAGGGAUGCAUAGCACAUAGGAUUUCACGGUAUAGACGGGCGAGCGAGGUCAGGGAACUGGCCAUAUAAAACGACUGCGUUGGACUGUCUCCCACGCAGAUGACAUUCUUUCACGGCGCUAAGGCUCAAAUAAUAGAAUAUAUACUGAGGAAAACAUAGCUUUGUAAUAAUCGUUUCUGGAUCCAACCGAUCCUUUUAUCAUACGAGAACCUCUAUUCUAAUACUUGAUGGUCCCAUUAGAGUGCCCCAGAGAACUGUUGACACUAGACUACCUAUCUUGAGCUCGAGACACUCAACCUCAAGUCGUCAUGGUGAUUAUUUAGAACAAAGAUUGACAAACAUAUGGUCAUGUCUCGUGCACCUGAUUAUGAAUUAAUGAUAUGAUCAUUGUAAGAACAUGUCUUUACCUAUUUUGCGUUCUGCUAGCACACCUACUCAUCCAAGAAACAUCGAUGGCUUCACAACACCAGAAGAAAGCUACAGUGACUGCCACACCGUUGGCCAAUGUUUCACCUUGAUGGUCGUGACCUUGCUAUACGCAGUCUAACCAGAACUAAACGACAUUCCCAAAGCUCGAACUCGUGCUGACAUCCUUGAAAGAGGCGUCGAUUGGCCUUGACUUUACAAUACUUGGUAUUGAAGGGAAAAUACACACCCACAAAAUGAAACUUGUUCAAGAACCCGAAUCUUUUGCAGAGAGGACACUAGGGCAAUGGGCAACUACUGGAGAAGCGCUCUCGAGGCAGUGCGCAUAGAAUGAGAACGGAAGGCGUCAUUAGAACCAUGGUAAAGGUCAAUGAAGAGAAAUGGGAGGGAUGCACGCCCUGAGCCUUUUCCUGUCCGCGACUGGUAGCCAAUGAUAAAUUGAAGCUCCAUGAACACCAAGAGCUUGCCAUGCGCAAAAUGAUGCAUCACGACUACUACCAUCUUAGCGAGGGUGCAUGCGGGUGAUAAGAUACAGGAAUAUUGAAGAAACGACUUUCGAGGCCAAUAGGAGAACUGACAAACCAGAAGCGGUAUCAUUGAGAAGACAUAAUUGCCCGCUUGUCAUACACUCGAUGAUGGGUUCAGGAGACGCAGAGAGACCGAAGCAUGAAUAAUAGUGACAAAUGGUAAAUUGAGUUCAACACAUGUCCUUCAGAGCUGAGAAAUUCGAACGACAGAAGGAAGAGAUAAUAACGGGCAGAAGACGGAAUCGGGGGUCAGGAGACCGUCAUCAACUGGUGUUCAACCACAGCCAGUCAUCAUUUGAUUGAUUAUCUAGUGAAAUACAGAGUAAUACGCCGCGUCUUCAUCUAACGCAACCCUUGCGAGCAGC